CCUUUUCAAAAUGGCGGUGCAGCUGUUCGACGCGCGUGGAAAAAUAAAAAAGAACAUUAACAUCGGAAUACUUACUAGAAUUGAUAGCAGACGGAAACGAGUCUGAGAUAGAGGGUUUCGAAGAUGAGGAAUGUCAUGAAGAGGAAGGCAUUGAGGCUGUACCAGAUCGGGUGGCGGGUCAGUCGUAUUCGGACGAUGAUAUUUCUAACAGCGAGCAAGAAGAAGAAACCACUAACAUUCAGGUACCAAAAAUAAGUCCUAGUCCGAAUACAGUCUGUGCUGGAUCUCAACGUGGUCUUUCUGUAAGUCGCCGGCAUCAUCUACCUGAUCGUUCAUCAAGCGCACCAAGCACAUCUCAUGGUACUUCUCGGUACCGCACUAGGGAAGAAAUGAUCAGCUGCCUGAUUUAUCUGGUAAUCCGCCACCUAGCGUUCGUGCUCAGUCCGAGGCAGCUCAACGCAACAGGGAUCCGUCUAGGCGAAGGCUAUGGAAAUCUAUUCCAUUUGACCAAAAAGAACAUAAUUUUCCGCCACGGGUACAACAAACAAUUAGAACGCCUCUCGAAUACUUCGAGGACUAUUUUGACGAUGCUUUUUAUGAGAAAGUUGCUUACUGCACAAAUAAUUACUACUUGAGGCAAACUGGAAGGGUUCUUCAUACUAAUCCUGUAGAAAUGAAGAAGUUCAUUGGUGUGCAUUUUAUAAUGGGGUGCGUAACUUAUCCACGACUUCAUAUGUACUGGAGGCAAGAAAUGAGACUGGCAUUAGUAGCUGACAUCAUUCCAAGAGACCGACUGAAGCUGUUGCGCACAAAUUUUCAUGUGGUGGAAGAGGAUAUCGCCCCAAUUGGUAAUAAGAACAGUCUAUGGAAAGUACAACCGGUAUUAAAUCAAGUAAAAAUGCCUCUGAGAAAAUAGAAAGGCUACCGGGUUACUAUUCUAUAGACGAACAAAUGAUCCCCUUCUGCGGCUUGUGCCCAAAAGGUCUACGCCUAGAGAUGGGCAAAUGCCCGGGCAUUUUUGGCAAAUUGGGAAAAUUCCUAAUAAGCACCGAUAAAUUUCUGUCCUUGGGCAUUUAUCUGGGCAUAAAUUUUUGUACCAAAAUUGAUUUACAAGAUUUAUGUUAGCAUUGGAAGCUGGUCUAACUUGUUGAGUUUAGUUAAGAUUAAUUAUUUAAAGGUGUUAUUUUAUGAAUUUGCAUACUUUUUUUUAAAUAUGUUUAUUUUACAAAACCAUGUUAACGACAUAAAUGUUACGUAUUACGCCGCAGCGGGAAGAAAUACUUGUACCGAGUGAGUGAGUGAGAGGUGCGGGACGAGGGAUGCGUCCAGGCAACACACCGCGCCGCCAUUUUGUUGUUAGUCGUCCUGUGUCAGUUGCAGUUAUCGCACGUGCAUUCUAUUUGUCCACUAUUGUCCACCCAUUGUGGGUAAAAUUUUUUGAAAAAUUAAAUUUUUAAUUGUCUAAUAGAAGGUCUAUUGCAACUAAAUAUCUAGAAAAAAUAUAUAAAGAGAUGAAUAAAGAAAUCAGUGAUGAUUUAAAAGAAUCAAAUUUUCUACACUUGCAAUGCGACGGCUGGACUGAUGUUUGCAAUGAAGGCAUUAUAAAUUUUUUAAUAUCCAAGCCAGAACCUGUUUUUAUAAAAAGUCUGAACACACUUGAUAAUCGGCACACAAGUGAGUAUUUAAGUUGUGAAACUGAAAAAGUAAUGAAAUCUUACAGAGUGAGUAAAUUUGUGGUCCUUAUUGGAGACAACGCACGAAAUGUCCAAAAGUCAUUCGAAAUGAUAAAAAACAAAUACAUACAUAUUGUGCCAUUGAACUGUGCUGCUCACACUCUGAAUUUAUUGUGCGUUGAUGUAAUAAAAGCACCCGAAGUUAGAGCUUUCAUAGAUCUCGCAACAGAUGUUAUUAAAAAUAUUAAAAAAAAGUCAAGUCUUAAGUGCUUUAUUAAGUAAAAUUAGAAAAGAAAAAAGCUCUAGUCAGAGUCUAAAAUUAUCCUGUAAGACAAGAUGGGGCAGUCAUGUCAGUGCACUAAAAAGUCUGAAAAUUAAUAUAGCUGCACUACAGACUUUAGCUGUUAAUGAAAACCUUCAGCCAACGCCCGAUAUUAAAUCUACACUUUUAGAUGAAGAUUUCUGGUCUAUGAUAGAACAAUCCAUCAGUGUUCUUGAGCCUAUAGCAGAUAGUAUCUUUAAAUUAGAAGGCAACAAAUUCAACAUACAUGAAGUAUUUAUGGUGCUAAGAAACCUUAAAUCAAAGUUAGAAUUUGUGUUACCAACAAUCACCAUGCUUGAUGACGACAGCAAGGAGAACAUAAAAACUUAUAUUGAAAAACGAGUUAAGCAGUGCAUAAAACCCAUACAUUAUGCGGCCUACAUUGAUCCUAAAGAUGCAGGCAUUGAACUAAAUCAGGCGGCAGAAACUGAAGCCAUGGAAUUAAUCUAUAACCUCGCUGAACAUUGCAACAUUGACUGUCUUGCUGACCUGGCUAAAUAUAAAGCUAAAGAAGGUCUUUGGAGCAAACCAUUUACUUGGAAGGCCGCUGAAAAAGUAAAUCCCAUUUUAUGGUGGAAGGGGAUAUGUGGCUCAAGUCAGUUAAGUAAAGUUGCACUUAGUGUAUUGACUGUACCCUGCACAUCAGCAGCCACCGAACGGUCGUUCAGCACAUAGGGAUUUAUGCUAAAAGAAACUGUCUCACAUCAGAAAGAGCGGCGAAAAUAACUUUCUUAUCGUAUAAUUGGAACUUAUUAAAUAAAGGUGAAAAUCGUGCUUACAGUGAAGAUACUGUUCCAGACAGGUCCGACAUGGAAGACACAGAUGAUGAUAUGUUGCACGAUGCUGCCAUGGAGGGUCAAAUGCAAGAGGAUAUGGAAUCUUCUCUUAGGGAGGAUAUAUGGAAAGAUAUGGAACCAGUAGCUUCAACUUCGUGACAAACAUAUCAUAUUGAAUUCGUAAAUAUUAGCGAAUGUUUAUAUGAUACCGAUAGUGAUUAGGCUAAUGGAACUUGCAAUACAAUAAAAAAAUACUUUAAUUAUUAUACCGGUCGGGUGUUAACAAUGAUUCUCUAGUGUGAUUAUAAUUCGAAGUAUAAUAAUAUUGAUUUUUAGAAUUUUUACAAUAUUGUUCCUAUUAAUGCUAGAAGUCAUAUUUUCAUUAUUUGAUUAGUACAUAUUGUUUUGUUUUAUUAAUUAAGCACAUAUUCUAAUAUUUUUUAUAUAAAAAUUAUAUUGUUUAUUCUUGUUAAGAUUUUCACAUGACAAAGUAUAUCAAUAUUAUUAUUUUAAAAUAAAAACGUGUUCAAUCAU